AUGGACCAACAGAGCGGCGACGUGGGCGACGUGAAGGCCCCGGAGGGCGCUUCCAACCGAGGGCGGAGAGAAAGUUUCCUCGUCCGCCUGCCGUCAAGGUCUUUGGACACGUCGAACGUCAAUCCCACUACCUCGCACCCAUUUACCCCAAUGGGUGAUGGUAAUCCAACAACACCCUUUGGCAGUCAACCUCCGCCUCCUCAAUACGACAUGGUGAAUUCAAACCAACCCGCCCCGAGACCAGGCGGUCUGGAGCGCCAGCAGACCACCUCAGUCGAGCAACUUGUGAGCAUCUCUGACCGCCAGCAAGCCGUCACGAAACUGGGCAUUCACGAUACGUCGGUCGAGGCAAUCAUGCCCGUAUUGCCGGGGCAGGAAUUCCACUUGGCGAGCUGGCUCACGAGUGGCCGCACUCUAGCUGAGCCCACCUGGGCAUUUCGCACCAAGGUACCUAUCGACGAGCACCGUCUGCGCGGCGCAUGGGCCGUUCUUCGACGUCGCCACCCCAUCAUGCGGUCCACGCUGGUGGCUGUACGUCCGGAUGAAGCCUUCACCGUGGUACUACGGCAAGCCAGUGGUGCAAGCAACUAUGCCACCUUCUCCAAGGCCCCCUAUCAUGAAGGCACACUAGAGGAGCGUGUCAAACAUCAGAUGAGGCAGCUGGCAACACACCCUUCUUCCUUGAAGACACCACCUACCAGACUCACGCUUGUGCAGGGUGAUGUGGAAGAAGGUGACGCUGUCUUGAUCACCAUACACCAUGCAGCCUGUGACACGCGCAGUAUGGGACUUCUCAUGCAAGAGCUCACGGAUCUGUAUCGGGGAAAACCGGUGGUUUCCAAAGCGCCAUCGUUCCGAAACUUCGUCAAGGAGACGCUAUUCACACAUGACCGUGAAGCUGAGGAGGAGUUUUGGAAAGACACACUACACGAUUGCGAACAGACCAUAGUGCUGCCAGAGAUGGACCACGAAGGAAACCCACUGAAGAAGAACGAGAUCUUUGUCCGGGGCACCAUGACCAGCUCUGCAAGUCUUGAAAAGGCAGCCGAGGUAGCUGACGUGACACCCCCCACUAUCAUAUAUCUGGCAUUCAGUCACAUUCUGGCCGAGAAGACUGGCUCUAGCCGUCCUGUCUUUGGAUGCUUCCACAAUGGCCGCGAAUCGGUUGAAGGAGUCGACAGAAUCAAAGAAUUGAUCGGUCCCUUAUCCACCAUGCUGCCAACCACCAUCCCGGAAGGCGUGGACGUUUCUCACGAACUCAACAACAGCAAGUCCAAGCUCAUCACGACCCUCCAGUCGGUCCACGAACAUCUCAACUCCCAAGUGCCGUACGAGCAGUCUCGCCUCCGCGACGUGCUGCGCUGGGCCGACAUGGGCGACACCGUACCCUUCAACACCUAUCUGAACAUCCUCUGGAACACCAAGCUGCAGGGCGCUGCUGAGGAGACAUCGCCCGUCGUCGACGACCUGGCCUGGGAGCGCAUGGACCUGGGUAUGCGAAGCGACUACAGCUCCGCGUCCGCUAUACCUGGCGCAACGAUGGUCGACGUACUCGACACGAGCACUGUCAUGCGCAAGCAGAAUGUGUUUGUCGAUGUGGGCAGCGACCGGGAAGAAGUGGGAGGAGGCGUUCUUGAGAUCCGACUCAGUGCCAAUGAGGUUCUUAUGAACGCCGCGGAGCUGGAAGCUUUCGCCCAGCAAAUCGACACCGAGGUGGCCCAGCUAGUUGAUUGCCUGCUAUCGUGA